UCAAGACUCAAGACAUGGAAGUCACAGGUUGGCUGUUGCUAGUGAUGGUGUCUCACUCAUUUGCCUUGCCUUUGUUAUCGCAAAAGGAGAAGGAUAAGAGGCUCUUAGCUGAGAAAUAUCUCAGAAGGUACUACAACCUUGACUUGGCUGGACUUCGGGGAAACCAGAACCAGAGGUCGUCAGACGCAAUGGAGACACAGAUCAGGGAGAUGCAGUCAUUCUUCAAGCUCCAGGUGACGGGGCAUCUGGAUGCUGAUACCCUGGAGGUGAUGAGCAUGGCCAGGUGUGGUGUCCCUGAUGUGGGGGAAUAUAACCUCUUCCCCCGAAACCUCAAAUGGUUAAAAAACGAUGUGACUUUCAGAAUAGUGAAUUAUACUCCUGAUUUGAAGAAGUCUGAUGUAGACAGAGCUAUACAUAGAGCGCUGAACAUCUGGGCUGGUGUCACUCCUUUGACCUUUAAGAAACUACAUGAAGGCAUUGCUGACAUUAUGAUAGCCUUUGGGAGAAAAGAACAUGGAGACUUCAACCCGUUUGAUGGCCCUGAUGGUCUGCUAGCCCAUGCCUAUCCACCUGGCCAGGGCAUCGGAGGAGACACUCAUUUUGAUGAAGAUGAACAUUGGUCAAAAGACUCAGACGCAUACAAUCUAUUUUUGGUGGCCACUCAUGAGUUUGGCCAUGCCCUUGGUUUGGCCCAUUCAACUGAUCCUGGUGCUCUGAUGUAUCCCAUCUACACAUAUGGCGAGGGUUAUCCCCUGUCUGAGGAUGAUAUUGCCGGCAUUCAAGCUCUUUAUGGUCCAAACCCUGACCACAAGAAAGUCAAGCCAAAGCCUGAUGCUCCAGAUAAAUGUGACCCCAUGCUUAGUUUUGAUGCUGUUACUGAGCUCAGAGGGGAAACAAUAAUAUUCAAAGACAGGUUCUACUGGCGUCUUCAUCCCCAGUUUGCAGAGCCUGAACAAAACUUAAUCAAAUCCACCUGGCCCUCCCUCCCCAACAAAGUUGAUGCCGCCUAUGAGAACCCUGAGAAAGACCUGAUCUUCAUCUUCAGCGGUAUCAGAAUGUGGGCCCUGAACAGUUAUAACCUGGUGGAGGGCUACCCGAAAUACAUCCACAAACUGGGCCUCCCCAAGAGCGUGCGGAACGUGGAUGCGGCUGUGUACAUCCCAGACACUGGAAAGACCUUGCUGUUCACUGAGGAGGAUUACUGGAGUUAUGAUGAGAAGAAUAGCACAAUGGACAGUGGUUUCCCAAGAUCCAUUGAGAUGGAUUUCCCCGGAAUGGCAGAGGAGGUGGAUGCUGCUGUAUAUCAAUAUGGAUAUUUGCAUUUCUUCCAUGAACAUACAAAAUUUGAAUACAGCUACAAUGCAAGAAAGGUCAUUCAGAUUGAUACAGGAAGGUUGCAUCUAAAAUACUUGUAGACUAAAGACUUCAGGUGGAAUAUUUAUUGUGCAACUAAAUUGUGUUUAUUUGUUGUAUUUCAAAUAAAAUUACAGGCUAUUGUUUUAUAAUAAGAGUAAUUCA